AUGAGGUACUUUCCGCAACUUUUGGGGCUCGCCUCCGCUAUUGGCGUUGGCAGUGCUUUGAAUCCGGGUGUCUCGACAGGCACUUCCAUCGCUACCUCGUUAGGGUCAUAUAAUCUCACAGCUGGUGCUACUUGUGCUUGCAACAAGCUUUCUACGUUGUACCCAACGCAAUACAUUUCUCCCAGCUCACCAAACUACAACGAACAGGCAACAAACUACUGGGACGUCCGAGCCGACUUGAGCCCAGCUUGCAUCUUUACGCCCAAGACUGCCGAUCAAGUCGCUUCUGCCGUUGAGAUUUUCGUUCAAUGCGAUUCCCAAUUUGCUGUCCGUGGAGGUUCAAAUAGCAUUGACGGCGGUGUCCUUUUGGCGUUCGAUGAAAUGACCAGCUACAAAGUCAACAAGGAAACAAUUGAGGUACAACCGGGAAUGACCUGGUAUGAUGUGUACUCAGCGCUUGACCCGUACGGGCGGACGGCUAUUGGUGGUCGUCUGAAAACUAUCGGAGUACCAGGUCUCACUCUCAUCGGCGGAGUAUCUUAUUAUAUCAACAAAUACGGCUUUGCUAUGGAUAACGUCGCCAGUUACGAUAUAGUACUUGGAAAUGGCACUCUGACAACUGCGAGCGCUAUAACAAACCCGGACCUAUUCUGGGCAUUGAAGGGAGGUGCUAACAACUAUGGAAUUGUGACAAAAUUUACUUUCAAGACAUAUUCUAUGCCGCAGAUCAGCACCACUAUCCAAAUUUUUAACGAGACCUCGACGCCUGCUUUCAGUCAGGCUAUUUGCGACUGGGCAGUCGGUAAUAGCGAUAGCCCUGUCGCUGCUGGCUCCGUGAUUACGAUGACCUACAACACGACUACGAAACAGAUGUCUUCCAGUCUCCUUGGUGUCCAAGCCGGGAUCAGUAAUCCGCCAUCUGAGUUUAGGAACUUUACUGCUAUUCCUGGAGUUUCUAAGACUCAUAAUAUUACGACUGGGAAGCAAUGGGCAUCUAACCUGGACACUCCUAAACAGAUGUUCCGAGUCAUGUUUUCACACCAUUCGAUGACACCCAACGCUGAUGUCUUUACAACCAUGAUCGAGACAUGGAAAAAUGCUGUUAAAGAUAUUGCCGACGUCAAAAGUCUCCGCCCUACGUUCGUGGCCAACAUAUCCCCAGCGAGCGCCGCGAGGGUUGCGAAGACCAAUGGCAUUGGCAAUGUGUGGGGUCUUGAAGAUGAAGCUUUGAUAUAUCAUACUUACCAUUGCCUGAUAGGGUGGCAACUUAGCACUAGUUGGGAAUUGCCUCAAGACGACCUCCGAGUGCAAUCGUGGGCCCGUCGUUUGACCGAACACCUUCACGAAUCGAACAAACAGAAUGGCCUCGCCAGGGAAUUUGUCUAUAUGGGCGACGCAGGCGAGUGGCAAGAUCCCUUUGUCGGAUUUGCGCCUGCCAAUGUCCAGCGAAUGAAAGACAUCAGAGCAGCCUAUGAUCCCAACGGAACUUUUUCGAGGCUGAACUGGGGUGGGUUCAAGCUUGGCUACUGA